CGCUGGAGCUCAGCGAGGACGGAGGGAAUGGAGCAGGGAAAACCCGCGGCCGCUUUAUAACAGCGAUUCCGAAAAUCUCUCGCUGUAAACCCGCAAACAACGAGGGGCGCGACGGAGCGAUGCGAGCCCCGCUCUGAAAGGAGCCCAGAAAGGAGCAGAGGCGAGAAAACGGGAGGGAAAGAUGGGCGCCGUGCUGCGGAGCCUCUUUUUGUGUAGUUUCUGUUUGCAGAUCCGCGCUGCGCCGCUCCUCCUGUACGCGAACCGGCGCGACCUGCGGCUGGUGGACGCGGCUCAUGGGCGCGGGAACGCCACGGUGGUAGUCAGUGGCCUGGAGGACGCUGCGGCCGUGGAUUUUAUUUAUGCCCAGGGUCUGAUCUACUGGAGUGAUGUAAGCGAGGAGGCCAUCAAGCGCACGGUCUUCAACGGCUCCAGCCCCAACGGCGACCAGACCGUCGUGGUGUCCGGUUUGGCCUCCCCUGAUGGGCUGGCUUGUGACUGGCUAGGGAAGAAGCUUUACUGGACGGACUCGGAAACCAACCGGAUAGAAGUGGCAGAUCUUGAUGGAUCAUUUCGGAAAGUUUUGUUCUGGCAGGGCCUCGAUCAGCCGAGAGCAAUUGCUUUGGAUCCUAGCAGAGGGUACAUGUACUGGACAGACUGGGGUGAGAUUCCGAAGAUUGAGAGGGCGGGUCUGGAUGGCACAAAUCGAGCUGUUAUUGUUGACACUGAAAUCUACUGGCCCAACGGACUUACUUUAGACUACAGCCAGCAGAAACUGUACUGGGCCGAUGCGAAGUUCAACUUUAUUCACCGUUCCAACCUGGAUGGCACGGGAAGAGAGGUGGUGCUGGAGGGCUCACUCCCGCACCCGUUUGCUCUGACGCUGUAUGAAGACACGCUCUUCUGGACGGACUGGAACACGCACUCUAUCCACUCCUGCCAGAAGCAGACGGGACAGGAACGUCGCGAGAUCCACACCAACAUCUUCUCUCCCAUGGACAUACAUGUCUUCAGCCAAAAGAGACAGCCCACUGAUUUGAGCACUCCCUGCUCUCUGAAGAAUGGUGGCUGUUCGCACCUGUGCCUGCUGUCUCCAGUGAAGCCCUACUACCAGUGUGCCUGUCCCACCGGUGUGCAACUACUGGAGGACAACAAGACCUGCCGAGACGGUGCCACACAGCUCCUCCUUCUGGCCCGUCGAACAGACCUGCGACGAAUCUCGUUGGACACACCAGACUUUACAGACAUUGUGCUGCACGCGGAGGAUAUCCGACAUGCUAUCGCCAUUGACUAUGAUCCUGUAGACGGCCACAUCUACUGGACGGAUGAUGAGGUGCAGGCCAUCCGUAGGUCUCGUCUAGAUGGCAGCGAUGCCCAGUUCAUUGUCACCUCCCAGGUUAACCACCCAGACGGGAUUGCCGUGGACUGGAUCGCAAGGAACCUCUACUGGACGGACACUGGCACAGAUCGAAUUGAGGUGACACGGCUAAAUGGAACAAUGAGGAAGAUUUUGAUCUCGGAAGACCUGGACGAGCCAAGAGCCAUUGUUCUAGAUCCAGUUUCAGGGUACAUGUACUGGACCGACUGGGGAGAGAUUCCCAAGAUUGAGCGCGCUGCUCUUGAUGGCACAGAUCGGGUAGUGAUGGUGAACACCUCCCUGGGUUGGCCCAAUGGACUAGCGCUCGACUAUGUGGAGAGGAAGGUCUACUGGGGGGAUGCCAAGACUGACAAGAUUGAGGUGAUGAAUAUGAAUGGAACCGGCCGGAAAAUCCUGGUUGAAGACAAACUCCCUCACAUAUUUGGGUUCACGCUCCUUGGUGACUACAUCUACUGGACCGACUGGCAACUCAGGAGUAUCGAGCGUGUUCACAAGCACACUGCUGAAAGGGAGGUGAUCGUCGACCAGCUGCCUGACCUCAUGGGCCUGAAGGCCACGUACGUGCACCAAGUAUUUGGUACGAACCCAUGUGCUGAAAAUAACGGUGGGUGCAGUCACCUGUGCCUGUACAAGCCGCAGGGUGUGGCAUGCGCAUGCCCCAUCGGCCUUGAGCUCAUUGCUGACAUGAGCACUUGCAUCGUGCCGGAGGCCUUCCUGCUCUUUUCCCGCCACAGUGACAUCAGGCGUAUCUCCCUGGAAACCAACAAUAACAACGUGGCUAUCCCGCUGUCCGGUGUGAAGGAAGCGUCUGCUCUGGAUUUCGAUGUCACGGACAACCGUAUCUACUGGACUGACAUCACACUGAAGACCAUCAGCCGAGCGUUCAUGAACGGCAGCGCUCUGGAGCAUGUGGUGGAGUUCGGCCUGGACUACCCUGAGGGCAUGGCGGUGGACUGGUUAGGCAAGAACCUGUACUGGGCCGACACGGGCACUAACCGCAUUGAGGUGGCCAAGCUAGAUGGCCAGCACAGGCAGGUCUUGGUGUGGAAGGACCUAGACAGCCCGCGAGCGCUGGCACUGGAUCCUGCUGAAGGUUUCAUGUACUGGACCGAGUGGGGUGGGAGGCCCAAGAUUGACCGAGCCGCCAUGGAUGGAACAGGGCGCAUAACGCUGGUGCCCAACGUGGGCAGGGCCAACGGUCUUACCAUCGAUUACGCUGAGAGACGGCUCUACUGGACUGACCUGGACACCACGCUCAUCGAAUCUUCCAACAUGCUUGGUCUCGAACGUGAAGUGAUUGCCGAUGACUUGCCUCACCCAUUUGGCCUCACACAAUACCAGGACUACAUCUACUGGACUGACUGGAGCCAGCGCAGCAUCGAGCGGGCCAACAAGACCAGCGGUCAGAACCGUACUCUCAUCCAGGGUCAUCUGGACUAUGUGAUGGACAUCUUGGUGUUCCACUCAUCGCGGCAGGGCGGCUGGAAUGCCUGUGCGUCCACCAACGGCCACUGCUCUCACCUUUGCCUGGCUGUGCCUGUCAGCAGCUAUGUAUGCGGCUGUCCAGCCCACUAUUCGCUUAAUAACGACAACAAAACCUGCAGUGCACCCACCUCCUUUCUGCUGUUUAGCCAGAAAACAGCCAUCAAUCGCAUGGUGAUGGAUGAGCAGCAAAGCCCUGACAUUAUCCUGCCAAUUCACAGCCUGCGCAAUGUUCGAGCCAUCGACUAUGACCCGCUCGACAAGCAGCUUUAUUGGAUCGAUUCCAAACAGAAUGUCAUCCGUCGUGCCCAGGAGAACGGCAAUCAGAGUAUGACUGUGGUGUCCAAUUUAAUGGGGGGGCACAACCUGGGCCUGCAGCCAUACGACCUCAGCAUUGACAUCUAUAGCCGUUUUAUCUACUGGACCAGUGAGGUCACCAACGUCAUUAAUGUUACCCGUACCGAUGGCACACGCGUGGGAGUGGUCCUUCGCGGGGAGCAUGACAAACCCCGAGCAAUCGUGGUCAACCCAGAGAGAGGGUACAUGUACUUCACCAAUCUGCAGGAGCGUUCUCCUAAGAUCGAACGAGCGGCUCUGGAUGGCACUGAAAGAGAGGUGCUGUUCUUUGGUGGCCUGGGCAAGCCUGUUGCCUUAGCUAUUGACAACGAGCUGGGCAAGCUCUUCUGGGUAGACGUGGACCUGCGCCGUAUUGAGAGCAGUGACCUGUCUGGGGCCAAUCGGAUUGUGAUCGAGGACUCGAACAUCCUGCAGCCAGUCGGCCUGACUGUGUUUGGAGAUCACCUCUACUGGAUUGACCGACAGCAGCAGAUGAUCGAGCGGAUUGACAAGACGACACGUGAGGGCCGCACCAAGAUCCAGGCGCGCAUCGCUUCUCUGACGGACAUCCAUGCUGUUCAUGAACUCGACAUGGAGGAGUACAAUAAACACCCCUGUACCUCUGACAAUGGAGGCUGCUCACACAUCUGUAUUGUGAAGGGAGACGGCACCACACGCUGCUCCUGCCCUGUUCACCUGGUUCUUUUGCAAGAUGAGCUGUCGUGUGGAGAGCCACCCACUUGUUCACCGGUGCAGUUUUCAUGCACGUCAGGUGAGGUGGACUGCAUCCCGCAGGCAUGGCGCUGUGAUGGAUUCGCUGAGUGCGAUGAUGACAGUGAUGAGCGUGACUGCCCCGUGUGCUCAGAUGAGGAGUUCCAGUGUGACAGCAAGCAGUGUGUGGACAUCUCUCUGCGCUGCAAUGGAGAGAUCAACUGCCAGGACCGCUCGGACGAAAACAAAUGCGAAGUUUAUUGCCCUCCAGAUCAAUUCACCUGUAACAAUGGUCAGUGCAUCGGCAAACACAAGAAGUGUGACCAUAACAUGGACUGCAUGGACAACUCUGAUGAAAUUGGCUGCUACCCCACUGAAGAGCCCUCCCCGCCGCCCACCAACACCAUCGGCUCCAUCGUUGGCGUUGUGAUGACCCUGUUCGUCGUAGGCGCUGUCUACUUUGUGUGCCAACGGGUGCUAUGCCCGCAGAUGAAGGACGACGGUGAGACCAUGACCAACGACUUCGUAGUGCACGGACCAUCCUCUGUGCCGCUGGGCUAUGUGCCACACCCCAGCUCGUUGUCAGGCUCUCUGCCAGGCAUGUCUCGUGGGAAAUCGGUGAUUGGCUCCUUGAGUAUAAUGGGUGGUAGCAGCGGACCUCCAUAUGACCGUGCCCACGUGACAGGAGCUUCCUCCAGCAGCUCGUCCAGCACCAAGGGCACUUACUUCCCUCCUAUCCUGAACCCUCCCCCCUCUCCUGCUACAGUGCGCUCUCAGUACACUAUGGAGUUUGGCUACUCGUCCAACAGUCCCUCCACACAUCGUUCAUACAGCUAUAGACCAUACAGCUAUCGCCACUUCGCCCCGCCGACCACACCGUGCAGCACAGAUGUGUGUGACAGUGACUACACACCGGGGCGCCGGGCCCCACCAGCCUCCAGCGCUGUGGCCAAGGGCUACACCAGCGACCUCAACUAUGACUCAGAGCCCUUUCCACCUCCCCCCACCCCACGUAGCCAGUACCUAUCAGCCGAGGAGAACUGCGAGAGCUGCCCUCCGUCUCCUUACACAGAGCGCAGUUACUCACACCACCUCUAUCCCCCACCCCCCUCACCCUGCACAGACUCGUCAUGAGCCCUGCCAAUCAUGUGCAGAACCCCACCCCUCAUCUCCCCGUUGGUGUAAAUAGCAAUUGUGCAUAUAAUGAACUUUUUUUUUUUUUUUUUUUUUUUUAAGAGAAAGUGACUGACGCUUUAGCUGAAAAGCUGUUCUGUACAGAGCAAGAAACAGAAAAAGAGACACUUUGGUGCGCAGAGCUGACAUUCUUGUACAUUUAAAAAAAAAAAGAAAGCAUAUUUAUAUAUUUUCUAUACAGCGUUUAUUGGUUAUGCCAUAGAGCUUUGUAUUAUUAAAAGAAAUUUGUACAUUUUUUAAAGGAAAAUUUUAUUAAAUUCACACAAACAUCCAUAUGUUGCCUUAAAUCCAGGAGUUCGGAAUCAAACUACCUUCUCUUCGAGGCGGAAGGAUUUACGGGAAACGUGGGAAAAGACUGCGGGUGGUUAAAUUUCCGAUGCCAAAUAACAAGUAAUGCCAUCCUGCUCCACAGCUCAGGGAGAGGAUGGAGACGGAAGGCGGACGGCUCCCUCUGAUGGCGCUCACUGGUACUACGCUGGGCAGCUCUGUGUGCUUUGCAGCCAUUUUGUCUGAAGCUGAAAUGCUAGACCUUCUAAUCACCUAAAAGCUGGUCCACUUGGAGAUCUCCACCAGGAGUAAUGGAGAAACACGGUACUUCUGUUUUUCCCACCUUGUUUUUUCAUUUUGUAUUUCCGGAAAGGCACCGUGCCACACCACUGGAAAAAACGAUUCGAUUAAAAAGCUGUCAGAACUGUGGGAAAAAGAACCGGACGGGAAACGGCCAGACGGAAGGUGCUGCUGAUGCUGGUUGGUGUCCAGUGUCGAGGUUUUGUCAUAAAGGUAACGCAGUGGCUGUUCUGGCUUCACAGCUCCAGGGUCUCCAGCCCCGUUUGCCGUGUGAGAGGGAGGUGUGGUGAUUUAGCGUCACUCGCCAGGGGACUGAAGUUUCUACAGUCUUGAGCAAUCAACCAAAAUCUUUUAAUCUAUUUUCUUUUCUUUUGUCUCCUCCUCCCAACAUGCCUGACUGCAACUGUAGACGAGUCUGUGCUGAAGGACACAACCCAAAGCACAUCUCUCUCUCUCUGCUGUCCUUUCUCCCUGCCAUCUCUUCUCCAGCCCUCAGCACCGUUCAUCCUUUACAGGAACUAAGAGAAAAAGCCCAGUACACAAUCAAGGACAAGCUUAUCGUGCCUGAACAGUUUCUAACAAACUCUUUUACAACAUUUUGCAUCUUUUCUAGAACACCAGUGCCCGCAAAAUGUCCAAAUAUUUUUGUACCACAUAUUGUGUAGAUACCGUAUUUAUAAGCUAUAAAGAAUGAAAAGCAUUGUAAAUCCUCUCCAUGAUAUCCUUGCAGUACUUUUACCAUAACGCCAUAUACUCUGAAUAUAUGCCUUGCUCUAUUUUUCUAUACGAAUUUUGACCUGAAAGUACGGUGACAAUCCACUAUGAACACCACAAGCCGAAGAACGUAACUCCAUGAAUGUUCCUGUUUUGUUAUGAAAAACUGUGGAGUUCUUAUCUCAAACGGUCUGGUCUAAAAUCCAGUAUAGCUUCUUUUUAUGAUUAUAUCCUGUGCAGUCUAUGAUUCACAUGAAGAGAUUGUCUUGUGUAUAGUAUAUGAUCAUAACGCUACUCUGAGAACCAGACUUGGGUGUUUAAUUAUUUUUUUUUUCAGUUUGUGGCUGGGUUGGGUCUUUUUAAGGUCUCUUUAAAGGCCUUUUGUGGUGUUUGUCCGUGCUGGUUGUCCGCCGUCUUGUAGCUCAAGCCUGGCUCGUUCCAGUUCCGUGUUAAAUUGUUGUGUGUGUGAUUGUGGUCGCCUGAUGUAUGUGGUUGUUUUGUCUUUUGUCUGUGCAUUUUGUCUACCGCGUUCUCUCUCAGAUGCAUACCUACACCAGCAUGAAGACUCUGUAGUUUUUCCUUUGACCUUUUUAACUCCUUUUUGACACCUUUUAUACACUGUAUGCUGCGGCAGCCACUUAAAGGGAUUUUGCUGAGACUGCAGACGAACGUCUAAGCCACAUGCGUAGCUAUGUGGACAGUACGCGUGGGCUGUGUUGGGCCUGUGGUCUGAUCCAGUACUUUUUCUUUGUUUAAAUACAAAAGGAAGUUUUGAGUUGGCUCGUUAAGCUGGCAUGUUUGAUGAUAAUUGGGGUCUUGUAUUUUUCCUCCUGAACCCCUGCGCAUAUUCUGUUCAGUAGUUGUUGAUGUUCAGGUGUUAUUCAGUAACUUAGUAACUACAGUCGAAACUACUAAAUUAUGUAGUUUCUAGUCUGAACAGUUCAGCUCGAGUUUAAGGGGCUGAAUUUACAUCCCACCGAUGCGAGUUUAGAAAAAAAAACAAACUCCCAGAAACGUGGUCUAUACAGACGUCCAGCCGA